AAACGAGAAUUCUCUUGGUUAACACAGAGAUUGUUUAUUUCGAAUAGAGUUGGUUGCUAAGAAGUAUGGCAGACGACAGCAAAUUAACAUUGCCCAGAUGGCUAGCUAAAAUGUUGACCAGUGGUCAAUAUCCAGGCCUAGAGAUGCUAGAUCCUGACCAACUGACUUUUAAAAUCCCGUGGCAGAACCAAAAAAGUGGCGGGCUGAAACCAGAGAGCGAUGACACCAUUUUCCUGCGAGCUUGGGCCACGCAUAAAAACUACAAGGGGACAGAUCCGAAAAUAUGGAAACAAAAUUUCAGUUGUGCUUUGAACAAAUUUCGUAAAGACGUUCAGCUGGUAAGGAAGGAAAAGAAUUACAGGAUUUAUAAGUUUUUGAGUUAUCCUUCACUGGAAAAUGAGGACUUGCAGUGCUGUACUCGGAAGAGAAAGUGCCAGAAAGAAUCAGAGGACGGAAAGUGUGGGAUAGAAGAACCAGUUGGGGAAUAUGUGCAAGAAGACCAUGCUUUAUCGGAAAUUUCCGGAAAUGAUUUAUUUUGUAGCCUCCCCGCACGUACGACUAUAUCGCGUAAUUGGGAAGUUCCAGAUAUUGGCGUGCAAACUUCGGAUACCAACUUGCCCGCGGAUCUUGACGGUCUAGAGGGUUUGUCCGGGUUCCCGACGAUGGAGGUGGAGGUGAGAUACGACCUGAGCCACACAGUGGUUCAAACAGUUAACAUACCAUCAGGGGUUCCCCACUGCCAGAUAUUUUAUGACCCGCGUCAACCUGAAGGUGUGACCGAUACUGGGAGUUCUCAGGAGUUUCAAAUUUCUCUACCGACGCCAAACUCUUGCGACAAAAAAAGCCAAGAUCACAUGAUGGACAUUCUUAAAGAUUUUUAUAAGGGGGUUCGAAUAAAAUACCAGGAAGACGACAUUUACAUUGAGAGAAAAUGUACAAUUCAUGUUUUCUACUCCGAUGGUGUUUUCAAAUCUGAGCGUUUGACUCUGAAUAGGCAGAAGUCUGAUUCAGCGAGUGAAGAAGAUUUCAAGUUGGUGUUUGAUUUUAAAGAUUUCCUAGAGAAGCUGGAGAGAUACAAAAGAAACAGACACGAACCUUAUCCUAAAGAUUAUUUUAUCUUGACGCUGGGUAACGAAAUAGUCCCAGGUGACGCUCAACCAAUGAAACACGUGCUCGUGGCCUUGAGAGUACGUCACGUGCAGGCCGCCUACUAUCUUUUCAAUACAGCCAGGUUACACACACAACUGCCAAGACCGCUCCGAUCAGAUUUUGAUUCCAUCGAUACCCUCCUGGAGAUAUUUAAAAACAUCAAACUGCGUGAAGAUCAACCGCAGAAGAAGAUGAAGCCAACGUUAAACCUCAAUGACAGGGAUGCUAGUUUGUUACGAAAGUUGGAGGGUAGCAGUAACACACCGUCUUCAUUUGGCUGUCCCCUUGAUGCUGUCGGGGUAUCAGACCAACACACGACACACUCUGUCCUCUCUGUAUUAACACCAGCUACUGAAACUUCGACACCAUCUCUCCCUUUGAUGCACGUCCAGGUCUACUAUCGAAGUAUCAAAAACCCCGUCAUUGACAUCGAAGUAUCUAGUCCCUCCUGCAAGAUUUUCUACGACAAUGUCAAGGCCAAUCCUGUACCGGAUGUCUGGGGGCCUGAUGCGGGGGAGUUUUCUAUUCCUCUUCCACAACUCGAAUCUUUACCAGUAUGUUCAAAAACAAGACCAACACUGCAAUCAUAUCUCUCCAACUUUGCAAGAGGUCUAAGUUUAAGGUACAAGGACGACGACAUUUACGUAGAGCGAAGGAGCAACGUCUGUGUGUUUUAUUGGGAUGGGGCUUCACAGUCUAAAAAAUUAACACGUAGAAAAGGUAGAAGCGCCAAGCCCGUGUACGAAAAAGGUUUUGACUUCGCGGCGUUCAGAGCAAAGCUGGAAAGGUGUGCUGACGACAGUAGCAUUCCUACCCCUAGAGAUCAUUUUUAUUUGGUUAUUGGUAUGGAUAUCGUGCACGAUGACCUGAGACCUCUACGUGACGCUGGUGUUUGGGUAAAAGUAAGAAAUAUGAAGGCUGCCUUAUAUGGUGAGCUUUACAGGUGUGUUCCUGAUAAGAUACCUGGCCCAUUGAGUUCACUUACAGGUUCUAUAGAAUCUGCAGCACAAAAUGGCAGUCUAGAAUCGCCCUUACAAAAUGGAAGUCUUAUGUCGCCCUCACAAAAUGGAAGUCUUAUCUCGCCCUCACAAAAUGGAAGUCUUAUGUCGCCUUCACAAAAUGGAAGUCUUAUGUCGCCCUCACAAAAUGGAAGUCUUAUGUCGACUUCACAAAAUGGAAGUCUUAUGUCGCCCUCACAAAAUGGAAGUCUUAUGUCGCCCUUACAAAAUGGAAGUCUUAUCUCGCCCUCACAAAAUGGAAGUCUUAUGUCGACUUCACAAAAUGGAAGUCUUAUGUCGCUCUCACAAAAUGGAAGUCUUAUGUCGCCCUCACAAAAUGAAAGUCUUAUGUUGCCCUCACAAAAUGGAAGUCUUAUGUCGCCCUCACAAAAUGAAAGUCUUAUGUCGCCCUCACAAAAUGGAAGUCUUAUGUCGCCCUCACAAAAUGGAAGUCUUAUGUCGCCCUCACAAAAUGGAAGUCUAAUGUCGCACUCACAAAAUGGAAGUCUUAUGUCGCCCUCACAAAAUGGAAGUCUUAUGUCGCCCUCACAAAAUGGAUGUCUUAUGUCGCCCUCACAAAAUGGAAGUCUUAUGUCGCCCUCACAAAAUGGAAGUUUUGUAUCGCCCCCAGAAAAUGGCAAUUCCAUAUCGUCGUCACAAAAUGGAACUCCUGUAUCGACCUCAAAAAAUGAAAAUACUAUAUUAUCAAUCAUGGAUGAGGGUAAUCUCGAUAUCACCAAAUGGUUCGUCAAGAUAAUCCGUAGCAAGCAGUGCCCUGGUCUAAGGAUGGUUGAUGAGAAAAGGUUCCAAAUACCCUGGAUGAACCAAAAGAGUAGACAAUGGAAACAAAACCAAAGUGACUCACAAAUCUUCAAGCUGUGGGCUGCACAUAAAUAUGGCUUUAAAGACGGCGAUGUCGAAGACCUACCAAAAUGGAAAACAAACCUUCGAUGUGCAAUAAACAAAAGCAAAGGCAUUCAAAGGAUUAAAGAGCAGGACAAUAAAACAGGGGAUAACCAGUAUAUUAUGUGCCAAUUUACAGCUGACUCUAUAAAUUACAUGUUGGGACCUGGAGAAAACGCAAUAGAUGGAGCGCAUUUUGCUAACACUUUAAGUUCACCUAUAGGGUCAAGUACACCACAUCCUAUAAGAACCAACUCUAAUGUCUCAGCAUCUAGUUCAUCUACCCUUUCCACCAGCGACUAUUUCUCCCAGUCAGACUCACAAGACCCGACUGGUUAUAAUAUACCUUUACCGGUUCUAGACGAAGCUGUAAAUUAUUUGAAUAGUGAUACUCCCAAUAUUUCCAGUGACAGUUUUGAUCUCUUAGACUAUUUAGAAACAAGUCAAAUGGGCUCUCCUGCUUUAGGCUUUAACAUUCCUUGUGAUGAACAAAUGGAUACCUUGGAUUCCAAUCUGGUUUGUCCAAGUUUGCAGGCUGUUAGUGGAACUUUACCUGAACUGUAUCAACAAGUUGGCUGUGAAACCUUAGCUCAAACAAACAAACAAGUUGGUCAUGGAAAUUCACCUCAACCUUAUCAACAAGGUAGAGCCCCUGGCAACCAGAAUCAAACUCUGGUUAAUGGUGCUAGCUACCCACAAAAUGUUGGUUUAACUGAUGGAGCAAGCUACCAGCAAAAUGCUGGUGUUACUAAUGGUGCUAGCUACCCACAAAAUGCUGGUGUUACUAAUGGUGCUAGCUACCCACAAAAUGCUGGUGUUACUAAUGGUGCUGGCUACCCACAAAAUGUUGGUUUAACCAAUGGUUUGGACCAGUCACAGAAUGUUAACAUGCCAGAUAAUACCCUGAUGAGCCAACCACCAGCUGCUGCCAUUACCCCUGAGCCGUGGAUGAUUCUUGAAGUAGCCUAUGAUACCCCGUCACGACCUGUAAUGAGUGUUUCAGUUAACGAACAGAAAUGUAGAAUAUUCUGUGGUCACUAUAACCACCCUGUUGUUCAAAAUUUGGCUAAUCCUUACCCAGAUGAGUGGGCGGUUGAGCUGCCUCAUAUAAAAUCCUUAGACGACUUUCCUGACAAAAAUAAAGAUAAGAUUAUGAGAAUGUUGGACAAUUUUGAAAGAGGUAUUGUUCUUCAGAACGUACAUGGGGACAUUUGGGUUGAGCGUAGAAGCCAUUUAAUAACAUUCUAUACAGACAGCAAGACUCAUUGUACUCCAGUACCUCGGAAAAAGCACUCCAAUGAGCAAACUAUUCACACAAAAAUUUUUGAUUACCAGAAAUUUUUAAAAGAUUUGAAUGAUUACACUUGUGAUACAACUCUUAGCUGCCCUAAGGAUUAUGUCCUUCUGACUUUGGGAAAUGAGUAUAAAUUAAAUGUCGCCAGCCCUCUAUCUAAAGUUUUAGUUAACAUUAAAGUACGCCAUCUCCAAGCUUCAAAAGACCUGUCUGUCAUCUCUGGGGGAGAUAAUUCAGCUAAUCCUAUGUUUUCAAAUCCUGACUCAUUCGAUAGGAUUGCUGAAAAUUUUAAAAAUAUAGACCUAAAUAAGUAGACUACUCAACAAAAUUGUGUUUUUAAAAAAAAAAUUAUUUAAGAUUAUAGAAAUGCAAACUAGAAUGAGCUAUACAUAGUAUAAAGCUUUAUAUAAAACUAGAAAAAAAGCAUUAUUAUUUUUCCAUGUUCAGUGAUAAUUGUUUAAAUGUAAAACUGGUCUGGGUUUUUUAUGUCAUCAUCUACUUCCCCAUCCUUGCUUAGUACACUCUCUAGAUUCAUAAAGUGAUGCAGAUUUAAACCCAGUGCAGUGAUUUGAUAUUUUUUUUUAAAUUACCAUUGACAAUGUAGAGUAAGUGUUACCAAAUGUUUUACAUGGAUUUCCAAUUAAACCUAUGUCAAGAUCCAUCUCAGUAUUAAGUGAAAUAGCAGUUUGUUCUUUGCUAUUGUGCACUUAAAAAAUAAAAAUAAAAUUGAUUUUGAAUUUUAAAAAAAGCACAACAUACAAAUUCGUACAUUUUUACACAGGCUUCCUUGAUUUCAACAUACAUUUUAUAAACUUCAACCGAGCUCUCAGCUCAAACCAACAGAUUUUUAUCUUAACCCUUCAGGGGCCAUUCGUGAUAUCACCUGGUUUAAUCCGUAAUGCAUGACCCAUCCAGCACCAUCUGAUAUUAUGUUUUGUUUAAAAUAUAUAUCCAACUCAUAAUUCCUUACAAGAUAAAAAAGUUUGUACAACAAAAUGCAUGGUCAAGUCAAAUCCCAAAAAAGAUACAUUUUUUUUCGUGUUAGGUAACUUUUUUUUGUGUUAAAAGGAAAUAAUAUAUAAAUAUAAGUUUUGGUGAUAUCGCAUUAUUAGUUUGUCUCAAUGAUUUUUAUAUGUAAAGUGCUUUCAUGUAUAAAAAAUAUUUAACUG